AUGAAUGGGAUAAGAAUAUUCCUUCGAACGUCGACUGUGCCUCGGUUUCUUCCCGCAUCGGUAACAUCAACUGGUCAAAUAAGACUGAAAUCAACUGAUGGCAAUGACAAAGACCUUGGAAAGGAUCUUGGUAUUGAUGUUAAUGAACUAUCUAAGAAAUUGGACGAAACGAUGGGGAAGCCGGUCGAUCAACAACCUGGUUAUACUCCUCCGAGCAGCGAUUACAUGAGUUUUAGAAAGAAAAAAGAGGUAAGAGUUACUAUUAUUGUUUUUUAUAUUUAGGAAGAAUUGAAGAAGCUUUUUGAUGCAUAUAAGGAAUGUAUUCAAUGUUGUUUUACGUAUAAAAAAUAAAAAUUGAAAUUUUAAGUAUAAAUUUUAUAGGAAUCUGCGCACGAAAGAAGUUACAUUUUUGGUUGGAAAUCAGCGGCUUUUACGUUAGGAAUGGCGGGAAUAACAUGUACGAUUCUGUUAUAUUUUAGAAAAAUUGUAAGUUUACCUUUGUUUACACUUUUAUAGGUUCUUAUAUUCUUUUAGCUUAAAAAAUGAUACCUACAUAGUUCAUCACGGUUUUUAAAAAAAAACUAAGUCUUAAGAAGGUCCGUAAAAGCAAUAUUGUUAUUUUUCUAAUAUUUUGUUAUAUUUUAAAAACCAUAUCUCAAAUUUUCAGAAACUGGACGAAGAAGAGAAACGAAAAAAGCAAUUGGCAGGUAAAGCUCGAAUUGGCGGAGAAUGGGAGUUGGUAAAUCAAGAUGGGAAACGUGAAGGCUCAAAGGAACUGAUUGGCAAUUGGAUACUGAUGUAUUUUGGCUUUACAAAUUGUCCGGAUAUUUGUCCCGAUGAAAUUGAAAAAAUGGUGGAUAUAGUGGACAUGUUGGAUCGGGAAAAAGACCCAGUUCCAGUGGUUCCUGUCUUUAUUACGUAGGUUUUCGUGAUUUGUGAAAAAGUUUCAAAUUACCAUUUUCAGUGUUGACCCCUUAAGAGAUUCAGUAGAUCGUGUCAAGAAGUAUUGUGCCGAGUUCUCACCUAAAAUCAGAGGAUACACAGGAUCAAAGGAAGAAAUUGAAAAAGUCCUCAAGACUUUCAGAAUAUACCAUUCUCAAGGACCGUCGGACAAACGAGCACCUGAUGACUACAUUGUGGACCACACUGUAAUUAUGUACUUGAUUGAUCCAGAAGGGAACUUUUUCGAUUACUAUGGGCAGAAUCGACGUGCUAGUGAGAUUGCUAAUGUCAUACGGACAAAAGUGUUACAGUAUGAGAGGAAAAAGAAGGUUGGUUGGUUUUAA